GCAUCGUGAAAAUCUCCCCUCCCACCACCGUCAUGUCUAAGUCAGAGUCUCCCAAAGAGCCUGAACAGCUGCGGAAGCUUUUCAUUGGAGGUUUGAGCUUUGAAACAACCGAUGAGAGUCUGAGGAGCCAUUUUGAGCAAUGGGGAACGCUUACGGACUGUGUGGUUAUGAGAGAUCCAAACACCAAGCGCUCCAGAGGCUUUGGGUUUGUCACCUAUGCCACUGUGGAAGAGGUGGAUGCAGCCAUGAAUGCAAGGCCACACAAGGUGGAUGGAAGAGUUGUGGAACCAAAGAGGGCUGUCUCGAGAGAAGAUUCUCAAAGACCUGGUGCCCACUUAACUGUGAAAAAGAUUUUUGUCGGUGGCAUUAAAGAAGACACUGAAGAACAUCAUCUAAGAGAUUAUUUUGAACAGUAUGGGAAAACUGAAGUGAUUGAAAUCAUGACUGACCGAGGCAGUGGCAAAAAGAGAGGCUUUGCUUUUGUGACCUUUGACAACCAUGACUCUGUAGACAAGAUUGUCAUUCAAAAAUACCAUACUGUGAACGGCCACAACUGUGAAGUAAGGAAAGCUUUAUCUAAGCAAGAGAUGGCUAGUGCUUCCUCCAGCCAAAGAGGUCGAAGUGGUUCUGGGAACUUCGGUGGUGGUCGUGGAGGUGGUUUUGGUGGGAAUGACAACCUUGGCCAUGGAGGAAACUUCAGUGGGUGAGGUGGCUUUGGCGGCAGUCGAGGUGGUGGUGGAUAUGGUGGCAGUGGGGAUGGCUCUAAUGGAUUUGGUAACGAUGGAAGCAACUUUGGAGGUGGUGGAAGCUACAAUGAUUUUGGCAAUUACAACAAUCAAUCUUCAAAUUUUGGACCCAUGAAAGGAGGAAAUUUUGGAGGCAGAAGCUCUGACCCCUAUGGUGGUGGAGGCCAAUACUUUGCCAAACCACGAAACCAAGGUGGCUAUGGCGGUUCCAGCAGCAGCAGUAGCUAUGGCAGUGGCAGAAGGUUUUAAUUACUGCCAGGAAACAAAGCUUAGCAGGAGAGGAGAGCCAGAGGAGUGACAGGGAAGCUACAGGUUACAACAGAUUUGUGAACUCAGCCAAGCACAGUGGUGGCAGGGCCUAGCUGCUACAAAGAAGACAUGUUUUAGACAAUACUCAUGUGUAUGGACAAAAAACUUGAGGACUGUAUUUGUGACUAAUUGUAUAACAGGUUAUUUUAGUUUCUGUUCUGUGGAAAGUGUAAAGCAUUCCAACAAAGGGUUUUAAUGUAGAGGUUUUUUUUGCACCCAUGCUGUUGAUUGCUAAAUGUAAUAGUCUGAUCAUGACGCUGAAUAAAUGUGUCUUUUUUUAAAUGUGCUGUGUAAAGUUAGUCUACUCUGAAGCCAUCUUGGUAAGCUACCCCAACAGUGUGAAGUUAGAAUUCCAUCAGGGUGAUGCCAGGUUCCAUUUGAAGUUUAUUUGCAACCUGCUUGGGCACAGAAGCCGUUGUCUCCACAAACAUUGGUGUGGUUGAACUGACAGUUAAUGUGUUGUGACCUGGAGUUCACCGUUAAAAGGGUCACCCAAGCAAAGUCCUGGAGUUUAUUUGGUUAUUAAUAUGAUUGUUGGCACAUCCUAUGCAAUAUAUCUAAAUUGAAUUAUGGUAUCAGAUAAAAUUAUAGAUGGGAUUAAAGCUUGUGUAUCAUCCAUUAUCAUGUGUAAUCAAUAAACGAUUUAAUAUUC